AUGCCCGUGAAGAAGCUCUACAAGAGAGGGAAAGUUCACCCUUCGUCUCCUUCACCCUCCAUAGAUCACUUGGCCUUGCUUCCUUAUGCAAUUCUGCCCUUAAUCGCGGCGCUUUCCGACGAAGAUAAGCGGGUUUUGGCCUACCUCAUUUCAUGGUCCAACAAAGAAGAUUAUGGUGAUUUCGGUGGCAAAAACGACAACAAUAAUAAUAUUAAUUCAGGACUGCAUCCGUUUAACUGUGACUGUUUUGGGUGUUACACGAGAUUCUGGGCACGAUGGAAUUCUUCGCCGAAUCGUCAGCUUAUACAUGAUAUUAUCGAGGCUUAUGAAGAGGAAUUGGCUAAGAAAAAGAAGAUCAAGGAUGGGAAGAUGAAGAGAAGUCAGAGAAAGAAGAAAAAUAUCAGCAGAAUUUGUGAUGAGCCGAGAGAUGAUAUUUCUGUUAAAGAAGAAAAGGUUGAUGAAGAAUCGGUGGAUUUGAGAGGAAAUGUUGAAGUUAGUGGUGAAGAUGGUCAAGUUGAAACAGAGAAGGGGACUUUCAGGAGGCUUUUGAGUUUGAUUGGAGAGAACUUUUCUGGUUUGUGGAAUAUGGGUUAG